ACCACGUUGUAUAUAUUCGGUAGCCCUCCUUGAGUGAUGUAUCGGAGAUAAAAUAGAUAGAGGACUUUAAUUCCUUCCUCACCAUGGAGAAGAACCGAAUCUGUAAGAUCUGCAACAGACGUUUCGCUAAUGGCAAAGCCAUGGGAGGACACAUGAGAUCUCAUCUGGCGAAACUUCCCCUCCCUCCAAAACCCAUCCCAUCUGAACAAGUUGAGCCUCCGUCCUCAAAAUCACUAUCACCAUCCUCAUCAGCUGUAUCCUUAAACUAUCCUUCAACUAAAAACCCCAUGCAAUCCCACCGAUCCGUCAAUCAUCGUCUCCCUCUCAUGUCAAAAACUAAUCUUGCUGCUCUUCUGGACGGCGACAGCGAGACAGAGUCCCCAAAGAAUACGACUCAGAGAAGAUCAAAAAGGCGGCGCAAAUCCUUAGAGAAAGUGGCAGAAUCAAUCGUGAAAGUAUCCGAGUCAACUGAACAGGUUAGUUCUAUAUCUUGUAUCUUUAACGAAGAGGAAGUAGCCAUGUGCCUUUUAAUGCUUUCAAGGGAUAAACGGUGGACAAAGAAAGUGGUGGAUAAGUACAUGGAAGAUGAAGCCGAGGAUCAUUCUGAGGAAGAGGAUGAGCCAUCUGGUGUGAUUAGGUUACGAUCUAAAACUAACGGAAGGCAUACGUGUGAAACAUGCAAGAGGGUUUUUCGAUCUUAUCAAGCCUUAGGCGGACACAAGUCAAGUCACACUAGAAUCAAAACUAGUGUCGCGGAUGAGGAUGAGGACAGGAGUAGGAGCAGUAAUGGUGGUGUUGUGGGUAAUGAACCUAGAAUAUUUAAGUGUCCAUAUUGUGAUAAAGUGUUUGAGUCUGGUCAAGCACUAGGUGGGCACAAGAAGGUGCACUUAUCUUAUCUGGGCAAUUACAAAAUUUCAAUUAAAUCUGCUGAUAAUUUGUUAGAUUUGAAUUUACCAGCCCCUGAAGAUGAUGGUGAAGUUAGUCAAGCUGAGGUUUCAACAUUUUCCAAUCCAAAGGCAUAUCAGAUGAGAAAAUGAGUUGGUGGACAGCUUUAGUCACAGUUUAAGGUUUUCAUGGCUGCUUUAACUUCAUUAGUCUUUUUUUUUUUAUAAAUAUUACAGUUUGAUUUGAUGAAUGUUCUUUGUAUGAUCUCCAUGAUGAAAAAGCUUUGCAUUUUCAACUUUCCCAUUCAAAAAGAGUUCAUUUGGGGCUAUGAAUGGGGAUAACAAAGAAUUAAUGCAAUUUGAUUGUAGUAUUAAUACUAUUAAAUAUUAAGAA